AUGAAGGGCGACGUAAAGGUAGCGUACCAGGGAAUGCCUGGCGCCUACUCGGAGAAGGCAACGCGUCAGCUGUUGGGAUCAUCGGCCAAUAUCGUAGCGAUGGGCUAUCCUUCCUUCGAAGAGGCGUUUCUGGCCGUGCAGCGUGAAGAUGCGGACUUCGGUAUGCUCCCCAUCGAAAACUCACUAGGUGGCAGCAUCCAUGCCAACUAUGAUCUAUUGCUCAAGUUUGGGCUAUAUAUUGUGGGUGAGUAUGACCUGCGCGUAGAGCACUCGCUGAUGGCGCUUCCGGGUGUGAACAAGAGCGACAUCAAGACGGUUAUCAGCCACCCGCAGGCACUGGCCCAGUGCGCUCACACAAUCGCUUCUAUGGGUGCCAAACCACGAGCCGAGUAUGACACAGCAGGCAGCGCUAAGAUGCUGGCGGAACACCAGUGGAAGGAUACGGCUGCGGUGGCCAGUGACUUGGCUGCAGAGUACUAUGGAUUGCAGGUGCUGCAGCGCAAUGUGGAAGAUGACACAGGAAAUUUCACUCGCUUUUUGUUACUGAAAAAGAAAGAGGAUUUGAGUCUUGGUGCCAAUGUAGAUACGGAGUUUAAGACAUCCCUCGUGUUUUCCUUUGUGGAUAGCAACGAAAAGGGUCAACUUUACAAGGCACUGUCGGCGUUCUCGCUGCGAGACAUUGACAUGUCUAAGAUUGAGAGCAGACCAUGGGGACACACGGCGGAACAGCAAUAUCGAGACACGAUAGAGUGUUCCUCUGAAGACUUUUCACUUUCAGCGCAAAGUGUCCGCAGGAAGUACAGCUACCUGUUCUACGUCGACCUCAUUGGACGCCAGACGGAUGAAAACGUCCUAAAUGCACUGCGUCACUUACGCGAAUUCUGUAAGUUUGUGCGUGUGUUGGGAUCCUACCCGACGAAGGGAAAGUUGCUAGGAGAGGUGCGAAAGACCUUAGAGGCGGCAGGCGCCUAUCAAGCGAACCCAGUCACUGCCUCACCAGCGAUUACGCCACAACAGCGCAAGCCGGUGCGUUUGAACAUUGGUAUCUAUGGCUUCGGUAACUUUGGACAAUUCUUGGCUAAGACGAUGGCUAAGUCGCACGAAGUUCGUGCUACGUCGCGUUCAAACUAUUCUGCUGUGGCUGCGCAGCUUGGAUGUAAGUAUUAUGAGCCGCCGAUGCAGCUGGAGCAGUUCUUCGAUGGAUUGGAUGUUCUCGUGCUUUGUGUCAGCAUUUUGUCGUUUGGAAACGUCCUUAGCAAGAUUCCAAAGCACCUGCUGGAAAAUAUCGUGAUCGUAGACGUAUUAUCCGUAAAGACACAUCCGAAACAAAUACUGCUUAAGGACCUGCCCCAUAGCGCCAGUAUUUUGUGUACGCACCCAAUGUUCGGUCCCGAAAGUGGCAAGUACUCCUGGAGAGGUCUGCGAAUGAUGUAUGAAAAGGUGCGCGUUGUUUCUGGCGAACACAACCACGUGAUGGAAAACUUCCUGCACAUUUUUGAUGAGGAAAUGUGCUGCAUGCUGGAGAUGACAUGCGAGUCUCAUGACGAGUAUGCUGCCAGUAGCCAAUUUCUGACUCACUUGACUGGCCGAAUUCUCAGCGUGCAGGGUGUGAAAAACACGCCAAUCGACACUCGUGGGUUUAAGAACCUCGUGCGACUUGUGGAGGAUACAUGCAAGGACAGCUUCGAUCUCUUUCAGGGUCUUUACAAAUUCAACCCCAACUCAGAGCAGCAAAUUCUCAAAUUCCGCGAAUCCCUCGACGAAGUCACGCAAAGACUUGGUGGCAACCAGAUCACAGGGUCUAUCUUUCGUGAGAACGCCCCAAUGACGGAAAAGUACCCGCAGAAUCCACUUUUGGGCAAAAUUGCUCCGUCGAAGACGGUAGCGAUCCACGGCAUGGCGAAGCAGCUUGAGGCGGAGGGCAAGCAGGUAUGGUCGCUGUGUGUGGGCGAGCCCGACUUUGCACCUGCUAAGCGCGUGCUGCAAGCUGGUAUGACCACCAUGAGUCAGGGCAAAGUAAAGUAUACGGACGUAAAGGGCACUGCGGAGCUGCGGUCUUUGAUCGCGCAGUAUCUAGAGACAUGCAAGGGCGUAAAGUACGAUCCUCUGACGGAGAUCCUUGUGUCGAACGGUGCGAAGCAGAGCGUGUACCAGGCUUUGCUGACAAUCACCAAGCCUAGCGAGCAGGUACUAAUUCCUGCACCGUACUGGGUGAGCUACCCAGAGAUGGUAAAGCUAACGGGCGGCGAGCCUGUGAUCUUGCAGACGAAGCUGUCGGAGGACUACUUGAUUGAUCCGGUGGAGCUGGAGAAGGCGCUGGGGGCCAACCCCCGCGUAAAGUCCCUGAUGCUGUGCAACCCGAGCAACCCUGCAGGCACUGUUCAUUCACCGGCUCAACUGGAGAGCAUCGCUGCGGUUCUGCGCAAGCCUCACUUCCGUCAUAUCUUGGUGAUUGCUGAUGAAAUCUACGAGCAGUUGGUGUAUCAGGAUGAAGGCGUGGCAAAGCGUGAGCACCAGAGUUUCGCCAAAAUACCGGGCAUGUACGAGCGCACAUUGACAGUGAACGGCUUUUCAAAGUCGCACGCGAUGCCGGGUCUGCGAAUUGGCUACUUAGCCGCCCCAAGGUACUUUGUGCAGGUUUGUACCAAGCUGCAGGGUCAGUUGACGUCGUGUGCGAAUUCUGUCGGCCAGGCUGCUGCGGUGGAGGCCAUGAGGUUUGAAAUGGAGUGUGUUUCACAAAACACGGAGCGCAUGACGGAGACGCUGGCGAUUAUGGACGAGAAGCGCAAGUAUAUUGUGAAACGCCUGCGGGCAAUCCCGAAGCUCGCCUUCGCUUACCCGACGUCGGCAUUUUAUGUCUUCAUGGACCUGUCUUCGUACUUUGAGGGCAAGCAGGGCAUGACAGUAGACAAGAGUGAGGUGGUGAAGGAUGCGGACGACUUCUGCGAAUACCUUUUGCGCCAUUGCCACGUUGCGCUGGUGCCUGGUUCGGCGUUCGGCGUAAAGAACGGCCUGCGUAUCUCGUAUGCGUCGUCAAUGGAGACGAUCAAGCAUGCGAUUGAUGGCUUGGAGCAGUCGUUAAGCGCGCUGGCCUUUGCAGAGGUUGCAAAGUGA